AUGGUUAGUGGUAAAACCCACGCUGAAACAGGAAUCCCACAAACGAGCUCGCGAAUCUUUGGACAGCUGUUUGCUGAGCGAUAUUUGACCGAUACCCUGGAAGUGCACCCUCCGGUGGUGGAUGUCGAUAGUGGAGAUGUCUUGGUGUCUAUCACACAUGCCAUUCCUCCAUAUGGCGUUGUGGGCGUCAACUUGUACCUGGCUGAUCUUCUCGAGGAUCUGCUCAACUAUCCCAGUCCUGCCUCUAGUGCCAAACAGGGAAGUGGAUAUGCCUUCUUGCUGGAUAGAUCAACGGGCAAUACCAUCGCCCAUCCGGCUUUUCCGAGGCCCCUCAUCCAGCGAGAGACCUCGUAUCCUGUGAAUAUUGCCUACCUUAAGAACGCGACGGAUUUUUCCAGCCUCAUUCGGGAGCGCCUGCUGCACGAGGAAAGUGGCAAUGCCACCACAGAUGUUUAUGUGGGGAAGCAACGACUGCAACGCACCUACCAUUGGCAAUCUAUUUUGGGCUUUUACGUGCUGUGCCUGGUGAGCAGUGGAGGCGAUUACCUUCGUAAUGUUUCGGCCGCCCAGCGCUACAACCUAAAAGAUACAAUGUCCAACUAUUAGCCCGGAUACUUUGGCGAGAGCAUGGACCUAUUGUAUCACCGCUUGGACUUCGUCCAAGGUGGCAGUACAUUGCCAAAAACAUGUCGCUACUUUAGACAAAUGGCAACCAUGGAUGCACCUACUCUAUUUCUGAGUGCUGCUGCAUUUGAGUCUCCUUUUGGAUUUCUGCACAACAACCGUCCGCGCACGCAACUCCGACACGUGGAAUCCAUUAUGGCCUACCUGAGGGAUUCUAGUGGCUUACUGGCGAACCCUGGCCUGCGUCCCGGCAUUCGAUAUGAAGUGAACAUGCUUUACCAGGCCAUACAGCAGCUGCGACGAAGACAUCAAGAUGCCAGGGGUUCUCUGCGAGGGCACAUCAUUCGGCGUUAUAUGGCCAGUGUUAGUGGAGUUCUUCAGCUGUAUCCUGGUUGUUUGCUCAGUAGUAGCUAUGAUCCCACUAGACGACCGUGGUUCCGGCAAGCCAUGGCUCAGCCUGGAAAGAUCGUGAGCACCGCUCCCUAUUUAGAUGCUGGAGGCGCAGGCUACAUCAUAACCAUAGCGCACACCAUUUUUGAGGGAAAGUCCCACGCACUGCACGUAGCACAGCAGGAUAGACCGAUCGGGGUGGUGGCCCUGGACGUGCCCUAUGCUUUCUACUACCGUCUCAUAAUAGAGGGAACCCCCAUGUGCCAGCAGCCGCACAUGAAGUGUCUUUUGUUCGAGCACGAGGGCUACUUGCUGGCUCAACCGAGCAUGAUGCAACCAGCUACUCCGACGCGUAACCAGAGACGGCCCCACGAGCAUCUCACGCACAAGGAGUCCUACUUGGCCAACGACAUGCUCAAUCACGGGCAGUUGGUAAGGAAGCUGGGCUGUGCCAGCUACCAGAAUCGAACUUUACAGCGAUAUUACGCGUUCAACACCUCCCUGGCCACCAUCCUUGGAAAUGUGGUGCACGGAGAACGAACCAAGUACGCCAUUGCCCUGAUCCGGGGAAGCAAUGUGUUUGCCGCUGUUCUGAAUUCCAGCUGUGAUGGUGGCGCCUUCUGUCCGUGCAGUACCAUCGAUCGGGAGUGCCUCAACUGCAAGCGGAUGGACCAAACGGACUGCGAAUGCCCCUGCGAGUGUCCACUGGUCGGGGACAGCAGCUCAACUUCGUCCUUCAACUACUAUGCGAACUAUAUACAGCAGUUUCCAUAUUGCCCGCCACCGAGUGAGCACUUUAUUGCUCUACCACCGACAACCCAACUGCUGAGUAGCCUCCCAAGUUGUCCCGGAAGCGCUGGCAUCUGUGAGACGUAUUCCACGCAGCGAGAGUGUCUCGGAGUGAUGGGCUGCGAAUGGUGUCAACAGGAUAUGGACGGAAACGGCUUCUCCACGGCCUUCUGUGCGUCGCAGGCUAGCUGCUUUAACGGAGUGCUAGCCUCUCUGACGCCCUACGGAGAGCUGGACGAAUUGGAGCUACUGGCCGCCCACAAUCCGCAACGAGAACAACACGCCUACUCUGCCUUCGGGCCGCUGGGCGGAGUUAUUGUGGUCCUGGGCAUGGUGAUAGGAUUUGCCAUAUAUUGCUACAGACACAACCUGGACUCCCAGGCGCAGGAACAGUUCUACGUGGACUCCGUUCAGGAAGAAAACUACGGGCUGCCCUUAUCCAGGUUCAAUUUUGACGACUGCAAGGCGCACGAUGAACCGCCUCUGGGUGGUGGAUACGACCACACGGCUGCCCAACAACAGCUGAUGCAUGCAGCGGACAUAUCGCCGUACCACGUGUCCAGUGGAAGUAGCUACCGGCGACCACCCAACGGAGAGUCGGAUCAUGGCUACAGCACCAUGACGCCGCAUGAGGACAGCUCCGACCAGCAGUGCUUCACGGAACCGUUGCUCCUGCACGACAAGCGCCACAGCAAAUCGGACACCAUGUCCAUAUCCACCUCCAUAUCGAGUCCCACGAAUCGACAGCAGUCCUCCACACAGCCAAAUACGCAUCCGUACUUGAGCAAUCAACCGACCUCCAAGACGGAGCGCUACAAGCAACAGCAGGUGCAAGCCACUCCCUCACCAUGCCGGGGACCGCCCGGAUCCGGAGGUGGAGGCGGGGUCUACGGGCAGACCACUCUGCCUUUGGAGGGAGAGGAGUCGCGGCACUACAUCCUGGCACCAGUGACUGUGCACCGGCACAUGGAAACGUCUGAAUCGUAGUCUAAAUAGCGUUGUUAAGUUUUAGAGCGUAAGGAGUCCGCUUGUUUGCCAAUCUAGUUUCGUAAGAUUCCAAUCGGGCAGUUCAACUGCCCAACAACUGUCCAGAAAUACCAAGAAUGGACUCCAGUUCCGGCCCACUGUAUCUUUUAGAGCCUCCCACAAAAGGAGUGUAAUACCAACACCAACUAUUAAGCGAUGACAUUGUUUCUGCCAUUUUUUGAUCGAUGUAUUGUAUUGUAUUUUAUUGUAAUUUAUUGCAACAAGUAUUACUAUAUUAUGUGCAGCUACUUCCAAUAUUUUUAACAAUUAUUUAAUA